AUGGGACAAUACAAAUGGAAAGUUGACACAGUGUAUGCAUCUCGAGAGGAGUUCAAGGACACUGUAAUUGCUUAUGCUGUGCAUAUCGCAAGGGCAAUCAGGUUUAGGAAGUGUGAUUUGCAGAGGGUUAGGGCUGUUUGUUCGGGUGAUUGUCCUUUUUGGGUUUAUGCUGCAAAAAUCAGAGGUGAGGAAACUUGGCAGCUAUGCAGCAUGAACUUGACACACACAUGCACACAAUCACACAGGGUGGGGAUUUUACACUCGAAGUGGUUCGGCAAGGCGUUUAAGAAGAAGGUUGAAGCUAAUCCGAAGGGAACCUUCCGAGAGCAGUAUAAAAGGAUUUAUGACUAUGGACAGGAGCUGAUGAGGGCAAAUCCAGGGUCCUCAGUUCGCAUACAAGUGCAGAGGUCCCCAGAUCUUGAUAAUGAAGCACCAGCAUCAUCCAGGACCAGUUACUGCAUCUUUCAGAGGAUCUAUGUGUGCUUGGAAGCAUGCAAGCAGAGCUUCCAGCAUUGCAGGGAUUUCAUUGGCCUAGAUGGGUGCUUUUUGAAGACACCCCAGGGAGGACAAAUGCUCACUGCAAUUGGUUGGGAUCCCAACGAUCAAAUGCUGCCGAUUGCAUAUGCGGUUGUAGAGGUCGAGACGAAGGACUCAUGGACUUGGUUUCUAAGUCAUCUUGCAUCUGAUGUUGGGCUUGAGAAGAUGGGAAGAGCUACCUUCAUGUCUGACCAACAGAAAGGUUUAUUGCCAGCAUAUGAAGAGGUUAUACCAGGAGUGGAUAAUCGGUUCUGUGUGAGACACUUGUACAACAACUUCAGGAAAAGGUUUCCAGGGUUACAAUUGAAGAAACUGAUGUGGAAGUGUGCUAAGGCGACUCACUGGAGGGAUUGGGAGAGGCACAUGGCCGAGUUGAAAGCUGUGAAUCAGGAAGCCUAUAUGUACCUAAUUACUAUCCCUCCUAGGUAUUGGUCUAGAUCUAAGUUCAGCUACAACUCUAAAGUAGAUACACUGGUUAAUAACAUGUCUGAGAGCUUUAAUUCUGCCAUAGUUGAUGCUAGAUAG